UCUUUGUGCGAACGAAGCAGAGCGGUCGCAGUUAGCUACGGACAGCAAACACACACAUAGAGACGAAAGACGGCAGAGGGGACAGCUUUUGGAUCCGAAAAUUCAUACAUACAACGAUUAUACAGUGAAAGCGACGGCCUUAAAAUGGUCACCUGUGAGGAGUGCCAAAUCUUUUAGUUGGAGGAGUGGGAGACAGCGCCACCCAGGCGUGCAGAGUGGGACUGCAUCCCAUCUCACAACCGACGACCGGCUUCCUGAAGCGCUGCUGCCGCUGCCAGAUGGACUGCGCACUCUGAGAACAGAGCGAGUCAGGACAGAAAUCAACCGAGGAGAGGAGCCGGGGGGCCAACGCUCGCCGGAGCAGGAAGGGGAGGACAUUGUUCGGUAGGGAGAGGAGAGGACAAGGGGCUCUACGAUGUCGUCGAACAGGACCCAGAACCCCCAUGGACUGAGACAGAUAGGCCUGGACCAGAUAUGGGACGACCUGCGGGCUGGCAUCCAGCAGGUGUACACACGGCAAAGCAUGGCCAAGUCACGCUACAUGGAACUCUACACACAUGUAUAUAACUAUUGUACCAGCGUCCACCAGUCCAGCCAGGGCAGGGGCUCCGUGCCUCCAGCCAAGCCCUCCAAAAAGUCCACGACUCCAGGAGGGGCUCAGUUUGUAGGCCUGGAGCUCUACAAGCGUCUCAAGGAGUUCCUGAAGAACUAUUUGACGAGCCUGCUCAAGGAUGGCGAGGAUCUAAUGGAUGAGUGUGUGUUGAAGUUUUACACCCAGCAGUGGGAGGAUUACCGUUUCUCUAGUAAGGUCCUCAACGGGAUCUGUGCCUACCUCAACCGCCACUGGGUCAGACGAGAGUGUGAUGAGGGACGCAAGGGAAUCUAUGAGAUUUACUCGCUGGCACUUGUGACCUGGAGGGAGUGUUUAUUCCGACCCCUCAACAAACAGGUAACAAACGCUGUGCUGAAGCUGAUAGAGAGAGAGAGGAAUGGCGAGACCAUUAACACCAGACUGAUCAGCGGUGUGGUCCAGUCUUAUGUUGAGCUGGGGCUGAACGAGGAGGACGCCUUCGCCAAAGGCCCCACGCUGUCCGUGUACAAAGAGUACUUUGAGUGUCAGUUCCUCACUGACACAGAACGUUUCUACACGCGUGAGAGCACAGAGUUCCUGCAGCAGAACCCUGUCACCGAGUACAUGAAGAAGGCGGAGGCCCGUCUGCUGGAGGAGCAGCGGCGUGUGCAGGUUUACCUCCAUGAAUCCACCCAGGACGAGCUGGCCAGGAAGUGUGAGCAGGUCCUCAUAGAGAAACACCUGGAGAUCUUCCACACCGAGUUUCAGAACCUUCUGGAUGCCGACAAGAAUGAAGACCUCGGCCGGAUGUACAACCUGGUAUCGCGGAUCACAGACGGUCUGGGUGAACUGAAGAAGCUUCUAGAAACUCACAUCCACAACCAGGGCCUGGCCGCCAUCGAGAAGUGUGGAGAGGCCGCGCUCAACGACCCUAAAGUGUACGUCCAGACCACCCUGGACGUCCAUAAGAAGUACAACGCCUUGGUCAUGUCUGCCUUCAACAACGACGCCGGCUUCGUGGCAGCACUCGACAAAGCAUGUGGUCGAUUCAUCAACAACAACGCCGUCACCAGGAUGGCUCAGUCGUCCAGCAAAUCUCCUGAGCUGCUGGCCAGAUACUGCGAUUCCUUACUGAAGAAGAGCUCUAAAAACCCAGAGGAGGCCGAAUUGGAGGACACACUCAACCAAGUGAUGGUUGUUUUUAAGUACAUUGAAGACAAAGACGUUUUCCAGAAGUUUUAUGCUAAGAUGUUGGCCAAACGUCUGGUCCACCAGAACAGCGCCAGCGACGACGCAGAGGCCAGCAUGAUCUCCAAACUCAAGCAAGCGUGCGGGUUCGAGUACACGUCCAAACUGCAGCGAAUGUUCCAGGACAUCGGCGUCAGUAAAGACCUGAAUGAACAGUUCAAGAAACACCUGACCAACUCUGAGCCUCUGGACUUGGACUUCAGUAUCCAGGUUCUCAGCUCUGGGUCUUGGCCUUUCCAGCAGUCCUGCACCUUCGCUCUGCCUUCUGAGCUGGAGCGAAGCUAUCAGCGCUUCACGGCGUUUUAUGCCAGCAGACACAGCGGCAGGAAGCUGACUUGGCUCUAUCACCUGUCCAAAGGAGAGCUGGUCACCAACUGCUUCAAGAACAGGUACACGCUGCAGGCCUCCACCUUCCAGAUGGCCAUCCUGCUGCAGUACAACACAGAGGACAGCUACACCGUCCAGCAGCUCACCGACAGCACACAGAUCAAAACUGACAUCCUGGUUCAAGUUUUGCAGAUUUUAUUAAAAUCAAAACUGCUGGUGAUGGAGGACGAGAACGCCAACGUGGACGAGAUGGAUUUUAAACCCGACACCGUCAUCAAACUUUUCCUCGGAUACAAGAACAAGAAACUGAGGGUGAACAUCAACGUCCCGAUGAAGACGGAGCAGAAACAGGAGCAGGAGACGACUCACAAGAACAUCGAGGAGGAUCGAAAGCUCCUCAUUCAGGCUGCCAUAGUGAGGAUCAUGAAGAUGAGGAAGGUCUUGAAGCACCAGCAGCUUCUGGCUGAAGUCCUGAACCAGCUGUCAUCUCGAUUCAAACCCAGAGUUCCUGUCAUCAAGAAAUGCAUCGACAUCCUGAUAGAGAAGGAGUACCUGGAGCGAGUGGACGGUGAGAAGGACACGUACAGCUACCUGGCCUGAACGCCACCCUCCCUCCGCCCGCCGGCUCUCCUCAGUUUUAUUUUUAUUUGUUAUCUUCAUUUGUUUUUUAAUUUUCUGUCUGAGUAAUAAAGUGAGGAUCCCUCUGA